GGGCGACACUCUGCCAUCCGACGUCCUCCGCGCCACCGCGCAACGUCUCUCGAGACCAACAACAUCGCCGUCGAUCCAUCUUGUCCGCCCCCCCCCUUGCGGGGAUUUCGUGAUUCACUUGCCGCUGCAUCUUUCCCUCUGUCUCCCUCCCCUUUUACCAAUCUCGCUACGUAGACAUAGACCGAAUAAUCCACCAACAGCCAUGCCACAGCCAGCGCCGCUCUUCCCCCCGUCCCUCAUCGACGCGAGCGUGGCCGCGGCGCUGCCCUCGGGCUUCACCAUCCGCCCGCUCGCGCGCGACGACCACGCCAAGGGCUUCCUCGAGUGCCUGCGCGACCUGACCUGGACGGGCGAGCAGACGGCCGACGAGUUCGCGGCGCGCUACGACGAGCUCGACACGCAGGGCAAGGGGCCCUAUUACUACCUCGUCAUCGAGCACGAGGGCUGCAUCGUCGGCACCGGCGCCGUCAUUGUCGAGAAGAAGUUCAUCUGGAACAGGGCCAGCGUUGGGCACGUCGAGGAGAUUUGCGUCGCCAAGGGCCACCAGGGCAAGGGGCUAGGUGUGCGCAUGAUUGAGGCGCUCGACUCGGUCGCCCGCAACGUCGGCUGCACCAAGAGCAUCCUCAACUGCAGCGCUGACAAGGAGGCCUUUUACGCCAGGUGCGGGUACAAGAAGAGCGGCACCGAGAUGUUUCACGAGUUUGUCGAGGGCCACAAGCCGUGAUUCCAAUGACGAGCCGACGGGAGGAGAAGGCACACGGCAUCAGGCUGUCCUGAAUGUGAGAAAGAAGCAGCAUUACCCCACGCUCAGUGGGGUCGUCAGUGAACCAGGCUUGAAGACCUCACUCUUCCAUGUUCACAUGCAGACCCCUAGCACAACCGUUAUCUGGUGUCAAGAUGUAAGGAUCAAACUAUCGACGACUGCUGGGCAACUUAGAUACUCGACGGGGACAAGGCUUGUCAUGGAAUAGAUUUGUUUUCUUCACUCUUCAGGUCUCUAAUCCAUUCACCGCAGCGG